UGGCUGGGAUCUCGCGGGAAGAGCUGCGGGCACGGCGGUGGGUCGGUCUCCCUGGCGCGGAGCGGGAGGGCUUUUCUCACACGAGCGCUUCCUAGCUGAGAGGCUGGAGCUGCAGCCCCGCAGGCCUGAGCCGUCCCUUGCCUGCCGUCUCCUUCCCUUUCUCAGGGCUCCCUGGUCUGCUCGCCCUCCGACGCUGCUCAGGAAUUUGACAAGAAACUGAAGUUUUGAUUCAGAUAUAUUUUGAAUUGAAACCAGAGAUGUACUAGAGUUUAGAUUCCUUCAUUUGAUUAAGGUAUGCUCUGAAUAUGCGUUGCUUGGCAGCUCGGGUCAACUAUAAGACUUUGAUUAUUAUCUGCGCACUCUUCACCCUGGUCACAGUACUUCUGUGGAAUAAGUGUUCCAGCGACAAAGCGAUCCAGUUUCCACGGCAUCUGGGUAGUGGCUUCAGAGCGGAUGGAUUAGAAAAAAGGGCGGCAGCAUCUGAGAGUAACAACUAUGGGAACCACGUGGCCAGACAACAGUCUGAGGAAGCGUUCCCUCAGGAACAGCAGAAAGCACCCCCCGUUGUUGGGGGCUUCAAUAGCAAUGUGGGAAGUAAGGUGUUAGGGCUCAAAUAUGAAGAAAUUGACUGUCUCAUAAAUGAUGAACACACAAUUAAAGGGAGACGAGAGGGGACUGAAGUCUUUCUUCCUUUCACUUGGGUUGAGAAAUAUUUUGAUGUUUAUGGAAAGGUGGUUCAGUAUGAUGGCUAUGAUCGGUUUGAAUUCUCUCAUAGCUAUUCCAAAGUCUAUGCACAGAGAGCCCCCUAUCAUCCCGAUGGUGUGUUUAUGUCUUUUGAAGGCUACAAUGUGGAAGUCCGAGACAGAGUCAAGUGCAUAAGUGGGGUUGAAGGUGUGCCAUUAUCUACACAAUGGGGACCUCAAGGCUAUUUCUAUCCAAUCCAGAUUGCACAGUAUGGGUUAAGUCAUUACAGCAAGAAUCUAACUGAGAAACCUCCUCACACAGAGGUAUAUGAAACAGCAGAAGACAGAGACAAAAACAGCAAGCCUAAUGACUGGACUGUGCCGAAGGGCUGCUUUAUGGCUAAUGUGGCUGAUAAGUCUAAAUUAACCAAUGUCAAACAGUUUAUUGCACCAGAAACCAGUGAAGGUGUAUCCUUGCAACUGGGAAACACAAAAGAUUUCAUUAUUUCAUUCGACCUCAAGUUCUUGACUAAUGGAAGUGUGUCCGUGGUUCUAGAGACCACAGAAAAGAAUCAGCUCUUCACUAUACAUUAUGUCUCAAAUGCUCAGCUAAUUGCUUUUAAAGAAAGAAAUAUAUACUACGGCAUUGGGCCCAGAACUUCAUGGAGCACAGUUACCAGGGAUCUGGUCACUGACCUCAGGAAAGGAGUGGGUCUUUCCAACACAAAAGCCGUGAAGCCAACCAAAAUAAUGCCCAAGAAGGUGGUUAGGUUGAUUGCAAAAGGGAAGGGAUUCCUCGACAACAUUACCAUCUCCACCACUGCCCACAUGGCCGCAUUUUUUGCUGCUAGUGAUUGGCUGGUAAGGAACCAGGAUGAGAAAGGUGGCUGGCCAAUUAUGGUGACCCGUAAGUUAGGGGAAGGGUUCAAGUCUUUAGAGCCAGGAUGGUAUUCUGCCAUGGCCCAAGGGCAAGCCAUUUCUACAUUAGUGAGGGCAUAUUUGUUAACAAAAGACCAUAUAUUCCUUAAUUCAGCUUUAAGGGCAACAGCCCCUUAUAAGUUUCUAUCUGAGCAGCAUGGAGUUAAAGCUGUGUUUAUGAAUAAACAUGACUGGUAUGAAGAAUAUCCAACCACACCUAGCUCUUUUGUUUUAAAUGGCUUUAUGUAUUCUUUAAUUGGGCUGUAUGACUUAAAAGAAACUGCAGGGGAAAAACUCGGAAAAGAAGCAAGGUCCUUGUAUGAGCGUGGCAUGGAAUCUCUUAAAGCCAUGCUGCCCUUGUAUGAUACUGGCUCAGGAACCAUCUACGACCUCCGUCACUUCAUGCUUGGCAUCGCUCCUAACCUGGCUCGCUGGGACUAUCAUACCACCCACAUCAAUCAGUUGCAGCUACUCAGUACCAUUGAUGAGUCCCCAAUCUUCAAAGAAUUUGUCAAGAGGUGGAAAAGCUACCUAAAAGGCAGCAGGGCAAAGCACAACUAGAGCUCACAACCAAAAUUAUACUCAGCCUCUGCUGUACACAGAAACUACAGGCUCUGUCUCAGGAGAGCAUAGGCACAUUUUAAAAGGUUGUGUACUGGGUUUUUGUGGAUUCUAUCGAAGUGAUAAGUGAUCCUUAUAACCAGUCUUCUAAAAUAAUUGCAUUCCAUGGGUUGGGUAUUUAGAAAUGUAGGUGGCAUUUAGAACAAAAUGUUUAAUCAGUGGGCUGAACAAAGAUGCUUCACUUUGCCUUGCCCACCACCCUAUGCGGUUCCACAGAUAGUCUAGUCACUCUGUGUGAGAAAGAUCAUGGUAAGUAGUUGUUACUGGCCAACUGUCUAGCACUUACCUGAAGACUAGGUAUGGAGCUCUUUUAAAAUGUGAUUAUUUAUAUUUAUGUUGGAAGCAGACUUAAGAAAAAUAAUGUGCUGUAAAACAGUAAAUAUGUACUUGUAGCCUGGAUAGUGGACUGUGUUCAACUUUUUAAAAAGAUGUUUCUUUUCUAUAGAUUAAUUUCUUGGGAGCAAAUGAGUAUUUGUUGCAUUUGUUCAAUUUGUUGUAUAUGGUGAAUAUUUAAUUAUGGUUUUCUUGAAAUGUGUAAAUUAAAAACACAACCAGUGUUCAGGCUUCACAGUUAAAUAAUGUAAGCACAACUAAAAUGAAACUUGUUGACUGCACAAGAAAUUACAAAGAUGUUUCUGUUUUGAAACUUGAUCUACAAUCAGUAAAAGUUUGAUAAUCACUAUAUCCCUCCCCAAGCCUCGUCGUGAUAGUUUCUUUUUGUCACUAUCUAGAAUUUUGUAUUUUAUUUCAGACUACACCUUGGAAUUUUGUAUAUUUUGAGAGAGACAUUUUUGGAACAUUAUUUGGGAAACUUACUACAAAUCUAAAUUUGGAAAGGAGCUAGUAGUUUUAAGGCCACCACCAUUUUUAAUUUUUUUAGGAUUUUUCCCCCUUUAAAUAAAAAUACUAGGUCAGAUACUACAUACACGAAUCAUAGCAAAGCUUUUUUUUUCUUCUCCUACCCAGAUCAUUCUUGAUCAUCAGCUUUCCAAACCAUUGAGCCUCUGCAUCAUUGGCGUUUCUUUUGAAAUUUAAUUUUGAAUUAUUCCAGUUAUUAGAUAGAAGAGAUGUUACUGGUACUGCAUUUGCUAUACAUGUGUAAUCAUAUCUUUAUUUAGGUUAUGUAUAUCCUCCUGUACCUCACAUAAGUAGAUUUCGGAGCCCUCAUGCAAUGGGCAGUGUCUGCUAUAGGGCUUCAGGCAUUAAGUUAAAACCAUGGGAUGUUGAUUUUGCUGUGACUUUUGUUUUAGGGUAUGACAGUACACUAAAUCAAUACUGUAUCUUACAGAGUUUGAAAAUAUGAUCCCUGUACUUGCAGGGGACUGAGUCUGACAAACACAGUGCAUUGAUCUGUGACCUAUAUCAAGUACACAUUUAGGAGCCAGGUAGGUUACCUUCUUACACACUAUAUUUUAAUUGAAUUCAACCUACCAAGCACUCCUUAGAAACUGGAAAAUAUAUAUACACAUAUAUGUUAGCAUCAAAGGGGGCAGAAGCAAAGAAGAUAUAGAUCUGCACUGAAGACAGUAAACUGGCCAUAGAAAAGUAAGCUUGAAUUCCCAAUUUAUGUGACCACAUUCCUCUUAAUUUUGAUCACAGUAAAAACACUUUUGAGUUAUUAGAUUUACCCCUAGCCUUUGACUUUUGCAUUUCAUAUAUGUUAGAUAUCUCAGCAAGAAUAUCUGGUCUCCCUUAAUUUUUAUUCCCAGUGGCAAUGUUCAAAAUAAACUUUCUCCAAUCUGGGAACCUAUUUUACUCCCCAUAUUUGUUAUUAUUUAGAAUGGUUCCUACGUCUGCUUUGUUUGCAAACUGGUCUUCAGAUUAUAGGAAUCAAUAAUAACAGUAUGGUACUGCUUCUGUGUUGAAUAUCAGUGCCUUAACAAUGUGGCUGUCCAUUCCCGCUGAAGAAGGAAAGACUUUUGAUCUAGAAAUAACGUUACAAUUUCCUUGCUGUUGGCUUUACACUGCCUUCCACAUUGCAACAGCAACUUGAUUUGUCUGUGAUCCCAGAAUUUUCUAAGAGGAUGAGUUGAACCCAUAGCAGCAUUGUUGGUACGACCAGUGGUUCUCAAACUUGAAAAUGCCUCAGCAUCACUGGGAGCUUAUUGAAAUGCAGAUCCCAGAUAGUCAGUAAAUCUGCCUGUGAAGUAUGAUAGUCUGCAUUUUUAAUGAGCAUUCAAGUGAUUCUGAUGCAGGUGAGCUGGGGGCAUACAGGGAGGAACACUGCCCUAGACUAUCCAUUGCAUUUUUGCCUCUAAAAAACUACAGAGUUUUCUAGGGUUUAAAAUUAUGUAAAAUGUUUACUUAUUCUGAGCUUAGAGAGAAUGGGGAGGGUAUUUUUUACAUGUUAUUGUUUCAUUUCUUCUUUGCUUUAAUAUUAUAGGUACUAGGUUUGUUUGAUUUUUUCCCACUUAUCUUGAGUUCACUUUGAUGUUAAAUCUGUUGCCACUUCAGUUGUAAAACCAGCCAAAAGUUUCUGGAUGAAGGUCAAGUUUGACCUUUUAGGAGUUAUUGUACAUAAAGGCUUCAUCCAAGAACCAUCCAGUGUACAGAAGCAAAUGCGAAAAGACACAAGCACAACUCUCCAGAUGUGGCAGUCCUUUUCCUUUUUCAGUGCGAACUCUCACUGAAAGCUGCUAUUUUCAUCCUCCUUGUGAUUGUUUUCCUUGUUUCUCUUCCAUUGUACAUGUGGGUUAUAUACCAUGUGUCAAAUAUGCAAUAAUGUGUUUACAGGAUGCCCUUCUGAAGGGUAGUCCUUUGUAAAGCUGUACAGACUUUGCAGUUUAAGCACAAUGUGCACAUGUUAGUUUUAUAUACAGCAAAACUUGAUUUUUUGCAGAUGGAAAAGUAUUUUGUUUCUAUACAAAGUAAAUGGAUUGUUUGUGCUUAAUGUAAAGGCGCUUUAUAAAAUUGUAAAAUAAAGUUUUUAUCUUAAAAGGAAUAUACCUGGA